CAUCAUCAAACCCACCCCCAGUCCAACCCACCUUCUCCACCGUGCGUUAGAUAGGCUAGUAGGCUGCUGCUCUCUAUUCGUUCAACGGGCCGACUGCAAAUCAAAGGAUUUUGAUUUCAACUACAGCUCCACAUAUUUUACUGGAUCAUUUGAACGUUUCCGCUCCCCCCCCCCCUCGAUAGUCCGUUUUGAUUUGUUUUGUAUUCGAGGAUCUUUCAGUUGUUGUUUUUUAGGUCUUGCCUGUGUGGACACAACUAGUGUGAUAUCCAGAUAGAGUCAGAUCUCCAACAAAGUCCCACUCCUCUGUUACUUUAUAGGCAUAUUUUCCGUUAGACCGUUCGGCCCAUUUGGACUUACAAAUACAUCAGCCAAAAUGAACAAGCUAUACAUUGGAAAUCUGAACGAUAAAGUGACUGUCGAAGAAUUGGUUAAACUCUUUGAAGAUUACAAUCUCGUAUACGUCGGGGAAUUUCUGCUGAAAACCGGCUAUGCAUUUGUGGAUUGUCCGGACGAUCAAUGGGCUAUGAAGGCUAUCGAGGCGUUUUCUGGUAAAGUGGAACUUCAUGGGAAACGUAUCGAGGUCGAGCACUCCGUCCCCAAGAAGCAAAGGACCAGGAAGUUGCAGUUCAGAAACAUCCCCCCUCACCUGCAGUGGGAGGUGUUAGAUGGUCUGCUGGCGCAGCAUGGCACCGUGGAGAACUGUGAACAAGUGAACACAGACAGCGAGACGGCCGUGGUCAACGUUACAUACGGAACCCGGGAACAUGCCAGGCAAGCCAUUCAGAAGCUCAAUGGCUACCAGUUUGAGAACAACGCCCUGCACGUCUCCUACAUCCCCGACGAGACCUCCGAGGCGGAGGGCGGCCCGCGGGGGCCAGACAACGGCCGGCGCCCCGGCUACGGCCCCCGCGGCGGGCACCGCGGCGGCGGCUCCCCAGGCUCCGGGAUGCCCCCCAAGCACCAGCACACCGACAUCCCCCUGAGGCUCCUGGUGCCCACGCAGUACGUCGGGGCCAUCAUCGGCAAGGAGGGGGCCACCAUCCGCAACAUCACCAAGCAGACGCAGAGCAAGAUCGACGUGCACCGCAAGGAGAACGCAGGGGCGGCGGAGAAGCCCAUCAGCAUCCACUCCACCCCUGAGGGCUGCUCCGCCGCGUGCCGCAUGAUCCUGGACAUCAUGCAACAGGAGGCCAAAGACACCAAGACCGCCGAUGAAGUACCGCUGAAGAUCCUGGCUCACAACAACUUUGUGGGACGUCUCAUCGGGAAGGAGGGGCGCAACCUGAAGAAGGUGGAGCAGGACACCGACACAAAGAUCACCAUCUCCCCGCUCCAGGACCUGACCCUGUACAACCCAGAGAGGACCAUAACGGUGAAGGGCCCCAUCGAGGCCUGCUGCCUGGCCGAGGCCGAGGUCAUGAAGAAGGUCAGGGAGGCCUACGACAACGACAUCGCCGCCAUGAAUCAACAGACUCAUCUGAUUCCAGGCCUGAACCUUGGGGCCCUGGGCCUGUUCCCGCCCUCCGGCUCCAUGCCCCCUCCCCCGCCCGGCAACUCCUCCUCUUGCGCCCCCUACGGAUCCUUUGGGACUCAGGAGCAGGAGACGGUCCAUGUGUACAUCCCUGCCCAGGCGGUUGGAGCCAUCAUCGGCAAGAAGGGACAGCACAUCAAACAGCUGAGCCGCUUCGCUGGGGCGUCCAUCAAGAUCGCCCAGGCUGAGGCUCCUGAUGCUAAGAUGAGGCAGGUGAUCGUGACAGGCCCACCUGAGGCCCAGUUUAAGGCUCAGGGCAGGAUCUACGGCAAGCUGAAGGAGGAGAACUUCUUUGGGCCGAAGGAGGAGGUGAAGCUGGAGACCCACAUCAAGGUGGCAGCGGCGGCGGCAGGGAGAGUCAUCGGCAAGGGAGGCAAGACGGUGAACGAGCUUCAGAACCUAACAGCAGCCGAGGUGGUGGUCCCGAGGGAGCAGACCCCAGAUGAGAAUGAUCAGGUCAUCGUCAAGAUCAUCGGACACUUCUACGCCAGCCAGCUGGCCCAGAGGAAGAUCCGUGACAUCCUGACCCAGGUGAGGCAGCAGCAGAAGGGGGGGAUGGGUGGGCGGGCCAGCCCCCACCCCCAGGGCCUCUCAGAAAUGGGCGGGGCCCCGGCCCCUGCCCCGGCCCAGGCCCCGGCCCCACAGGGACAGUCCCAGGAGCGCAAGAAGUGAGC